CUGAAGGAAUCAAGAUUUAAUUAAUUCAGUAAGUAUCUUAAAUAUUUCUUUCGUUAGAAGCAAAUCUCAAAUCUUUAAACACUAUAUCAGAGCAAAGUAACCAUAAAAGAUGCUACUCUCGCGAUAAUGUCACCAUGCUGCCCAGUAGUGGAAUCAAAUGGGCUAAUAUUGAUAUUAGAUAAGUACUGUCGUAAACUACACACAUUCUUACAAUCUCGAAACUUACAGCUGUGGUGAUUUCGCACUUCUGUUCGCAAGAGAGCUCAAGCUGGUCGUAGACGGCGAUCAUCUGCUCAAACUGUUGCAUCUUGCGUUUGAGCCGCGCGAUCUCCGCGUUCUUCGAGGCCAUCAUCAUCUCUAUUAACACGUUGGUGGGCACGUACUUGCCGCGCGCCACCUCAUUGUUCUUCUUGAUGAUCUCCACCAGAUGCUCCGUCUUGUCUGAACAGAAGUGCGACCAUGCGCGCGCGUCCGUGCAUGACGCGUACGCCUUCAACUUCCCUUCAUUCCUACAAGGCAAGUCGAACGGGUCGCAAUACUCGUUGAACACACGCUCCCUUUUCGUUAUAAAAGACAUCGCCGAUUAUCCUUGUAUGUUGUUCAACGCAAUUUUUUCUAAACAUAUACAUGUAUAAUUAUUAUAAGUUUAUUUUUCACCACCAUCCAUUUUACACAUAACGAUACGAAUUUUACUAUUUGUACUACACAAUAAAAUGUAAAUAAUUAAAAUAGCAAAUAUUUUGAGCUGUCAUCAGAAAUCGAGACGGAAUUGGGCUUGAAUUGGAAUGUCAUUAUUUAAAUUUGUUUUUAUUUUCGACGACGUCUUCUUGGUGAUAACCAGCUUCUAAAAGUUUGAUAAAGAUAUGCAAUCUAUUUGGAUAAAAUUAUUUUUAUACAGAAACUUGCUUACUUCACUUAGAAAAUAAAACUUAUGGACAGUACCUUUAUGUUCUUUUCGUUAAGUACACACAGCGAAGAAGUCAAAAAAUUCUUACGGCUAUGUUCAAUUAAAAUAAAAAGAUCUUAUUAUAAUUCCAUGGAUGUUAUGGUCUAUGGAAAAAAUAAUUUUGUUCCCUGUGUUUCUUCAGUUGGCAUUUGGAUCUUGGAUCUGUGUUAUAAACUAAUGUCAUUUGUGUGACACACAUGUUUUAGUUCUCAAAAUUCCACGUUUUCGAUAUCAAUGACCGAAAGAUAGAAAUGUUUGUUUGAUUAGUGUAAAAAUUCAAUGAAUUUCCUAGAUCACCACAGGCUGUGUAAUCUUCAGCUGCUGGUGCGCAACGAGGGUAAGAUCAAAUCAUACGAGUCCUGCUGCGACAUCCGGGCAUGGAGCCAUAACGUGCGCACACGCGACAUCUACCUCAGGGAAUGGAUAAAGUGCGAUAUGCCCCUUUGUGUUGUUCCCUGCAGCACCUUAAUCGGUUUCUUCAGAACCAUGACUUGUAAAAGAAGUGGAAGGGCUACUCCACGUUGCCAUCCCGAUUGCAAGUCAAAAGUGAUUCUUGAGAGUAUUACUACAUCAUGUGAUGCUAUAAAAGAAUGCCUGAAGGCAGAUGAAAGUUUGGAGAAGUAUUUUAUGGAGGCAAACCUUGAAACAAGCCAUUGGCCUUGUGAAAGAUGUUUGGAGGCAUUGAAAAGUAUCAAAACAUUUUGGAGAAUAAUGUUGGAAAGAGUUUUUGCCAUAAACGUUACCAGAAACGAGUGUUUCCAGGACAGCAGUUGUUGCACAACCGACAGCGUUCGCAAUAUGGCUCGUAUAUGGAAGAAGGAUAUGAUACAACAAGCGAUGUUUGUCAAAACUAUCACACCACAAAUUGUUUGUCAGAAUCGCGCUCGAAAUUGCUGCAAAAAGCAAGCCAUUAAAAAAGUGAGCAGUUGCCAUAUUUCUGCACCGUGCAGUGAUGGAGACGCCAAGCCGUUGUUACGAAAGUCUAGCAGAAUCACGUGCUGCUCCAAUAGACACAGUAGUAGCCAUAAAAGAGUAACAAUUGACUGUUCACCUAGUAGUAGUUUGUGUAAGACAUGUCAAACCCCGCCGAGAAGAUUAUGUAGAUGUAUUUCAGCUAAAGUCAGAACGGCGGAUGUCGGAAUUAACUGCAGUGAUUGCGGCGAAGUAAAAGCUUACAGGUCAAGCGUGGAAUGUAUAAAGAAAAAUUAUGACUUGCAAAGAGAGGAAAUCGAACAGCUGAAGAAAGAAAAUUGCUCGUUGAAAUGUGAAUUACAAAACAUAUAUAAAACUUGCAAAUGGAAAGCGUAUUAUUGUACAGAUUCUAUGAAAUCAGAAAAAGGAUGUACAAAAGGAUGCACAGAUAUUGUUCCACAACCGUUUGAUUAUUGUGUUGAUGACAAUACUACCUGUACCACCUGUACCUCGGCCAAAGAUGCUGAUUCAGAAUUAGUAAUCACAAUGAAAAAUUGUAAGCACGAGAGUUUUAGACAUGUGAGUUUGUUACAAGUGCUUCAUAAAACGAAUGAUCCGUGUGUGCAAGAUAACAAUAUUGGGGCACCCUGUUAUAAAAGCGAAGACCCUAUUGCUUUAUUAUCAAAAGUUCAAGCGACUUUGGGAGCGAUGGUCAAGAGGGAGUUGGCAUUAGCCAAGUGCAGGAAGAGGUGCGGUAGUAACUCAGAAAUCGAAGCUUCCUUUCAAAGAGUAAAUGCUUGUAAAUCAUCCGCAUCACACACAACGCUAUCGUCCCGAUGUACGGUUGGCUAGUUUAGGUAUUUACGUAUUAUUGUCCUCAUGUUAGUUUUGCUAAGUAUCAUUUCAGAACGGAACUGUGCCAAUGUAUUUCAUAUUUCUUAUGUCUACAAUAUACUAGUAAAAGCUCGU